UACUUGCCGGCUCUAUUGUGAAUGACAUCAAAAACUUUUUGCAACAACAAUUUGUUUACAUUUCUGCUUCCUCGGCUUUAAUUUGUAAAAAUUCUAUUAGAACUUGUGAAAAGUGGUGAAAUUUUAUUGUGAAAACAAAAGAAAACAUGUUUUCCUAUAAUUUACCUAAUGGUGGCUUAAAAACAAAAACCUAUAAAACACCUGAAGGACAAAUAAAAUUUGAUCCUCCCGUUUAUGAACAACGCUAUACAACAGCCGUACGCAUUAUAGAGGAUCCCCACUGGAAGCAGCCAUUGAAGAAGAUUGUAGAUUUUGGUUGUGCUGAACUGCGCCUCCUAACGCUACUACGUCGUAUACCCCAUGUGGAGCAUAUUUUAGAGGUUGAUAUAGACGCAGAACUCUUGAAAGUUCACCAGCAAAAAGCUAUUCCCUUAAUUUCGGACUAUUUAAAGAAACGCGAAAACCCACUGCGGGUUGAAGUACUACAGGGUAGUGUUACGGAUUCGGUGGAACAACUAUACGAUGUAGAUGCGGUUAUAGCGCUUGAACUCAUUGAACAUUUACACCCAGAAGUUUUGGAUAAAGUUCCCGAAAAUAUAUUUGGUUUUAUACAACCAAAGUUGGCCAUAUUCUCUACACCAAAUUCGGAAUACAAUGUCCUCUUUGGACCAAUGUUGGAGAAUGGUUUCAGACAUUAUGAUCAUAAAUUUGAAUGGACACGUCAAGAGUUUCAGUCGUGGGCUCAUGAAAUAUGUAAAAUGUAUACAAAUUAUAGUGUAUCAUUUAUGGGUGUGGGUAAACCACCGCCUGAGGUGAAAAAACUUGGCCAUGCUACACAAAUAGCAAUUUUUGCACGCAACGAUAUGUUAGACAAACCCUUGAAUUAUGAUAUCGUACAAAAACCAGCAACAACCGAAACUCAAUACAAAGUUAUUUACUCGGUCGAUUUUCCCUAUAAUAAAGAUGAACGUCCGAAAGAACAGAAAAUCCUAGACGAAGCCAAUUUCUAUGUAAAUCAAUCGAAAAAUGUGCCAAAAUAUUUUAAUCGUGAACGUUGCAUUUAUCAAGUACCCUGGAAAAAUCUUAUGGAGUAUACGCAGAGUGUUGGUGGCACUGAAACUGAAUUGCUGGAAAUAUUAGAGCGUAACAAAUUUAAAAUCGAAGAUGAUUUUAUUAUAUUACCCGAAUAUGAUGAUGAUGAUGAUGAGGAGAAUGCUUCCGAUGAUCUCGAUUAUGAUGGUGAAUAUAAUUUGGAAGCUCAACCCUAUAAGUGUAAACUUAAUGAAGAAGAAGAGGAUGAAUUGUCUGCUAAUUUAGCAAGUGGUUGUAAUUUAAUUGCGGGUAAGGUUAACUAUGACUCAGAAGAAGAUUGGGAUUGAAUUUUUAUUAUAAAUUGAAAAUGAAUGUAUAAAAUUAUUUUUCUUUUUUUUUGUUUGCAUUAUUUAAAAAAAGUGAAGAACGUGUUUCGUUUUGUUUUCUUAAUGCAUUUCUAAAAUGAACUCAUGUAAUUAGUUUAUCGUUAAAAUUUUAUAUGAAUGAAGAAUAAAUGCUUGUU